AUGGCCGCUACAAAGCCCAGCUACCCCCCCCUCGAGGAGCGUCCGCUCAAGGACACAAUCUGCCUGUUUGACGUGGACGGGACCCUGACGCCCGCCCGCCUGGACGCAUCACCCGAGAUCCUCUCCACGCUCGCCGCCCUCCGGCAGAAAUGCGCCAUCGGCUUCGUCGGCGGCUCCGACCUCAACAAGCAGCAAGAGCAAAUCGGCAAGCCGGCAGGCAACGUGCCCGUCACGACGCUCUUCGACUUCUGCUUCGCCGAGAACGGCCUGACGGCGUACAAGCUGGGCCAGGCGCUGCCGUCCAACAGCUUCAUCAAGUGGAUCGGCGAGGACAAGUACAAGCAGCUCGUCAACUUCAUCCUGCACUACGUGGCGGACCUCGACAUCCCCGUCAAGCGCGGCACCUUUGUCGAGUUCCGCAACGGCAUGAUCAACGUCUCGCCCGUCGGGAGGAACGCCACCACCCAGGAGAGGAACGACUUCGAGGCCUUUGACAAGGGCGCCGGCGUGAGGAGGGCCUUUGUCCAGGCCCUGAAGGACAAGUUCCCCGACCUCGACCUGACCUACUCCAUCGGCGGGCAGAUCUCCUUCGACGUCUUCCCCGCCGGCUGGGACAAGACGUACUGCCUCAAGCACCUCGAGGCCGAGGCCGAGAAGCCCGGCGGCGUCGCGUACAAGAAUAUCCACUUCUUUGGCGACAAGGCGUUUGAGGGCGGCAACGACUGGGAGAUUUACUCUGACCCCAGGACCAUUGGCCAUGCCGUCAAGUCCCCCGAGGACACUAUCCGCAUUUUGAAGGAGACUUUUGGAGUCUAG